GGAAUCCUGUACGUAGAAGUGCAUGCUCGCCGUGAGCCUAACCUACCCAAUGUGGCGGACGAAAUACUUGAAAGGAAAGGGAGGCGUGUGAAUAAUAUCCAGCUUCAGUUCAGGUGAAAUAGUUAUGGAUACGAUUUGGAGAAAGCCUUAUGGAUAAUACAGGUUUAUUCGCAUCAAAGUACUUCGUGAAAUGCCUACUCUUUCUUGAAAGGCAGCUUCGAAAAAGGAGGCACAAGUUGUCAAUGGCGAACCCGGUCGACAAACUGCACCUGAGAGAAUCUGCUUUUCAAACAUCUUCAAGUAAUGAACCACUUUUAUUUGGGUCAGUUGGAAGUGGGCAAAGUAAUGCGCAAGUAUUACAGGAUAGAGGGGAUAUGUAUACCGAAGCGAAGGUUGCUAAUGGUCCUGAGGGAAGUAGGCCUAAGAAGAGCCUUUUCGAAAUUACCAAUGUUGAGAAUACGGACAACAGAGGGGACAGUGUCGGUAAUGAAAUUGAAGAUUUAGAAUUGGACGAAACUUUGUCAGAGAUCCAUGAAGUGUCGAGUCCAACGGAGUUGACAGACACAAGUCGUCUUUCCUUGACUCCCGAAGAAUCGGUUGGGGACAUUGGGGAAAGGAUCCCUGCCGCUAAUGCAAACGGAAGUGAAGCAACACAAAUUCAAUCUAGCAGUGUAAGCCAAACAUCUAGAUUUAAAAUUGUAAAAGUUGCCAGGGCUGAACCUUAUAAAAGAGGUAGAUGGGCAUGUCAGGAAUUUAUGUCGGAAAGUAAAUUAGAUCGAAAUGUAUCUGAACCCAGAAUAUCUUUAGGAGGAAACAACUCUAUAAACCCUCAGGUAUCUGAAAGUAGAGAGCAUUUUAGUCAAAGUCUUGUCUUCAGUAAGCAAGAAAACAUAAAACAAGGAACGGACCAAUAUGUACCUGUAGAACUUAGUCAAAAUGGAAGUCAUAACAAAGUAUCGAAAAAUCCGAAUCCUGAAAGUGUGCUGGAUAACAGAGAAGAACUAAGUGGCCUAGCUACUGGCCCAGGAGCUGUUCUAGCUGAGUUGGAGACACGUGCUGACACUCUCAGGGAAUUUGCCCAAAGCAAUCAAAAAAGAGGAGCGUCUGCAACCGCACCAUUGUCUAUCCAAGAAGCAUUGACGCAAAUCACAACCAUCCAAUCGACUCUUGAAAGUGUUGUGGAGACAUUGAAGGAUGUAGAGACACUAAAAGAGACUGUAUCAACAUGGACUGACGAAAAUCAACGGCUGAAAGAAGAAAACGAGCGUCUAAAGCGGUUGUUACAGCAAGAUAAGGAUAGUGAAACCAAAGAUUCAUCAUAGCAUAGGUGAAUGUCAAGCGCAACAAAAUUGUAAACAAAUAUCAGCAUUGUAUUAUUGUGGGUGGCGAUGUAUUUAACUCAGUUAUGUAAACGCUGAAAUUGAAACUAGAGUCAGUGUACCGUUUCAUAUAGCCCACAUAUUGUAAUAUGGUACCUAAGCAUUCCUGACUGGUUUGCUCCAAUGCGGCAUGGGAACUUGUCGCAAUGCCAAUUACACACGAAGACCUGUGUCUCAAUGGUUAAUCUAGUAUUUUGUCCGUUCAUGAUUCAUUGGUCAGGUCUAUAAUAUUUCAAAAAGGCCUUGGGAAAUUUUAUUGCUAUUAUCAAGCAUUUCUGUUGGUUUUACAACUUUUUAACCUUUUUUGAAAUGCUUGAUGAUCCAAAUUAAGACAAAAACUAUUUCAGUCCACGUUAUUAUUUCUGCCAUUAGACAUGAAACCAAAUCUUUCUUGGGGUCAUUUGUUUCAUUCAGACAUUUUAUCUGAUGUCAGUUUUAGGCAUCAUUUCUAUUUUAGACAUCGCCGCAUUUCUAUUCAAGAAUCAGCACGAGAUUGUUUUGCCAAGCAAACCAGUCAGUGAACUGUCAGCCUCGUACGCAGGUCUGUUCGUUGAUUGCCGUGCUUUCGUGUUUAUCGCUGUCUCUGUAAAUUUUCUUGCCUGAAUGCAUUCAUUCUCGAGUUUGGAUGAUAGAUUUUCAACAGAGAUUUAAGAUGUAGAAUCAUAGUGGAAUUACAUUUUGAAUUUAACUGCUAGUUGUAGCCAAGUAUUUUGAAGCACAAUUUUUGAAAUUUAAUUUAAUUCUGUCUUUCUCUGUUUGCCUACAAAUAACCGUUUGUUUUUCGAAAAGUAUUCGUUAAUUACCCUUAAAAGUGAUAUUUUGUUGCACCAUGUUCAGUUUAUGUGAAUUUGAUUUAAAACGCUUAUAAUCCGAAACACGCAGUUUAAAAUCUCUAAUUUGACCAGAAUUCCAAUUUUAUUUUCUCUGAAAUGCUGUAAAGAUACGCCUUACCAUAAGAUCAUCAACGAGUGUUCAUCCACUUGCUAACUGUGUUUCAUUCACAAAGAAACAUGAACUUCAUAAAAUGGCAUAACUACCAGUCUCCAAACCACUACAUUUAACCUCAUUUCCAAACUGCCUUAAUUGGCUUUACUUCUACGUUUUCUUCGCAAAAUUUCAUUUUAUAACGUGACGUCCGCCCCCCUCCCCGUCUAUAUGUCAAUCAUUCUUUAUUCCCCGCUCAUACUAGCGCGUAAAACUGCGCUUAAAUGGGAGGAGUGACUCUCAGACCCCAUAACAGGGUUUCGUUUUGAAUUAUAUUCCCUGGAGGCCUUUGUUUUAGUGGUCUGAUGUCUCGAGGUAUUUGCUGGCGUUUCCUUACCGUAUAAUGGUUAACUGCAUAAUUAUUGUUCAUUUCUCGGUCGUAUGAAUUAUAUAUAUAAAUAUAUAUAAAUUUGUUGUUAAUCCUGUUUAUAAGCCGUCACUGGUUUGUUUUCCAAGCAAGAAUUGAUGAAACUGAUUGUUUUAUCAAUAAACUAUCCAUUCAUUCGUCGGCAUAUAUGUCUGUGAAAAUAGUGUUUUUAUACCCACACCUGUAGGCCAUGUUCAUUAGGCAUGAUUUAGGUAAGCCAUGUCCAGUCUGCCAACGCAGUGCAUGCGAUAAUUCCAACGCUUCUCUAUGAUAAUUUUUUGACAUCUUGAAUUUA